AGGAGGAGGAGGAGGAACCAGAGGGAGAAUAGAUCCUUCACUUCAUCAUUAUCAGGGUGUGGUAGCCGGCAAGACCAGCAUCACAAAGACCUGCCACGCUUUUAUUCACACUCUUUGACAGCUGCACUUCACAAGGACCCUAAAAAGAAAGCACUGCAGAGUCAUCAUGCUGGAAGUGAUGAGCAGCCAGUUUGACUCCUUUCUGUUCUGGAGGCAGCCGAUCCCGUCUCUGGACCUGUCCGAGCUGGAGGACCUGGGCCUUUCAGAGCUGGCGCCCAAGAGCGGUCAGACGGGGAAGGGCAGUAAAGGCUCAGUGAAGUCUCCUCUGGUGGACGACGACGAUCUGGAUCUGUCUGAGUUCUCCACCUUCAACUACUGGAAAGAGCCGAUCGCCAGCAUCGACACGCUGGACUUUAACCUGCUGCUGUGAGGAAACACUGGAGCCCAGUUCACCCCCACUUUACCCGCCCUGAGCCGCAGCCUUUUACGCCCUCUGUCGCUUAUUAAGGUUCAUAAUGUUUCCAAACACAAAAGCAGCACAGGCUGGAGUCUCCUGUGUCACAGUGCCUGUUCAUAGAAACAAAGGGAGAGAAACGCAUGUGUUAUUGGUGCCGAACAGUGUAAAAUACAAGAUUAAGUGUUGUUUCACUCCACAGUAGCACAGUGAAUUUACUUAACUCAUCAUUUCCACACUAAUAAGAUCUAUUACAGUGACACAGAUGUUGCCAAAAGUAAAUAAACUGAAAGACAAAAUUGCUGUAAUGUAUUUCGUUCAUGUGGAAACUCUGGUGUAGUGAAGCAUCAGGCUGGUGAGCUGUUAGGUGCUGGUUUGUGCACCUCACAGCUGCCAUCUACAGUAAUUACAGUACUAAUUAAGGCGAUGAGACAAUAAUACUGACUGUUUUGUUAAAACUGAACAUUUUCAUCAGUGUUUUUUUGUGAUCAGUGUGUUGUUCCUCUCCUUUUAGAUUAAUAAAUAGAUUUAAAUCAUCCAAAA